AUGGUUAAUUUGCCUAAAAGUCGUGUAACGCCGCAAUCACCUUUCUUUAUAUGCGGAGUAGAUUACGGAGGUCCUGUCUUAAAAAGAGAUCGUCAAACAAGAGGGUACAAAAAAUUAAAGGCGUAUAUAUGUUUGUUUGUAUGCUUUGUUACGAAGGCAAUUCAUAUUGAAUUAGUAUCUGAUUUAACGACGAAUAGUUUCAUGGCAACCUUAAAACGAUUUAUGGCACGACGUGGCAAACCUCGCGAAAUAUAUUCAGAUAAUGGAACGAAUUUCAUAUGCGCAGCUUCUGGAUUAAAGGAACUGUAUAAAUUUUUACAAAGAAAGUCAAAUCAAAACGAGAUUACUGAUAAAAUGAUUAACGUAGGUGUGUCAUGGAAGCACAUUCCACCGAAUUCUCCUCAUUUCGGAGGAAUUUGGGAAGCUGCCAUAAAGUCAUGCAAGGCUCACCUAAAACGAAUAUUAGGAAACGCCAUUUUAACCUUCGAAGAUUUUUAUACGGUUCUGACCCAGAUCGAAGCAAUAUUGAAUUCAAGACCAAUUUCUCCUUUAAGCUCCGAUCCUAACGAUUAUGAUUCAUUAACUCCUGGUCAUUUUCUCAUUGGAAAAUCCUUGAUUUCAACUCCAGAUCCGUCAGUGUUUGAUAUACCUGACAAUAAACUUUCUCGAUAUCAACGACUCCAAAAACUUGUGCAACAUUUUUGGAAACGCUGGCACAAAGAAUAUAUUUCAGAGUUACAAGGUAGAACGAAGUGGCAAGUGCAACAAUCACAGCAAAUUGAAAUAGGGGAAAUGGUAGUAAUCAAAGAAGAAAAUUUACCUCCAAUGCAGUGGAAAUUAGGACGUAUCAUUGAAACGCACCCAGGAGACGAUCGAAUUGUGCGUGUGGUAACAAUUAAAACAAAGGGUGGUAUACUUAAGCGUGCUGUUCACAGAAUAUGUGUGUUACCAAAACCAUUAACAACAACUUAA